AUGACAAACAGCACUGGCUCCAAGGCCGAAGUCGUUGUCGGAGGGAAAUAUAAACUGGUACAGAAGAUAGGGUAUGGCACCUUCGGGGACAUUUAUCUGGCGUUUAACAUCAACACCGGACAGGAAGUGGCAGUGAAGGUAGAAUCUCAGAAGGCCAAGUUUUCCAAGUUGGUAAUCGAAAGCCAAAUCUAUAAGAUUCUUGAAGGUGGGGUUGGCGUCCCCCACAUCUGGUGGUACGGUGAGGAAAAAGGCUAUAAUGUGUUAGUCAUGGAUCUUCUGGGACCCAGCCUUGAAGAUCUCUUCAAUUUCUGCUCAAGAAGUUUCACAAUGAAAACUGUACUUGUGUUAGCUGACCAGAUGAUUAGUAGAAUUGAAUAUGUGCAUUCAAAGAAUUUUAUACACAGAGACAUUAAGCCAGAUAACUUACUAGUGGGUAUCGGGAAUGACCGUAAUACGUUAUUCCUUAUUGAUUUUGGUUUGGCCAAAAGGUACAGAAACGACAAGACAAAGCAACACAUACCAUAUGUGGAAGGUAAACCCCUCACUGGCACUGCCCGAUAUGCUAGCAUCAAUGCACAUCUUGGUAUUGAGCAGAGUCGCCGAGAUGACAUGGAAUCAUUAGGAUAUGUUUUGAUGUAUUUUAAUAGAACCCAUCUGCCAUGGCAAGGACUAAAUGCUGCAACAAAGAAACAAAUAUAUGAAAAGAUCAGUGAAAAGAAGAGGUCCACUUCUGUUGAAGUUUUAUGUAAGGGGUUUCCUGCAGAAUUUGCUAUAUACUUAAACUAUUGUCGUAGGCUGCCCUUUGAGGAAGUCCCAGAUUACAAGUAUCUGAAGGAGCUAUUCCGCAUCCUUUUCAGGACUCUGAACUACCAUUAUGACUACAUAUUUGAUUGGACGAAGAAGUUAAAGCAGAAAGCAUACCAGGCAGCCUUUUCCAGUGGGCAGGGUCAGCCAGUGCAAUCCCCCACAGGCAAGCAAACCAACAAAACCAAGAGUAACAUGAAAGGUUUCUAAGCAUUAAUUGAAGAACAGAAGAAGCAGAGCAGAUGAUUGAAGCAGCAUUUGUUUCUCCCCAAAUCUAGAAAUUUUAGUUCA